AACUCUGCUUCUUCCUAGUCUUUUACUGAAACUCAAAACCCACUUCCUCUCUCGAAAGACUUUAGGCCUCUCACCCUUCUCUGUCCUCUCAUCAAGAUUCAGUUUUUGACAAGAAAGAGUGAAGAUUUAGAUUCAGUUUUUUUCCUUUCCUCUCUUGUGUGGAAGGUUGGAGAGAAAGAGUGAAAUCUUACAACUAGAAAGAAAUCAAAAUCAUCCGUUGAUUUUCCUAUUCUGAUUUUCCUAAGAGAUUUUGGUUAUUUCCUUUUUGGUAAGCCUUUAUUGAUUUAUAAACACUCAAUCCCUUCAAGUCUCUCUCGAAAGGUUCAAGAUUCAAGAUUUUAAGGGUGUCUGGUCUUUUUUUUGGCAGAUUUCUGAGUCAUCCUUGUCUUUCGUUUAUCUCUUCACAACUAGCAAUCUUCUCCUUCACAGUUUUGUUCUCUCUCUAUGCAAGUAGGGAGCUUUUGGGGGAAUUAAUUAGAAGGAAAAAGAAAAUCCCAGAAAAUAUGAUAGACCAAAGUAUCCUAUGUCCCAUAAAGUACACUGAGCACAAAAAAGUUACAAAAAAAUUCACUAAACAACCCUUAAAGCCUAAUAUGGUACACUCCGAUGACCGAUGCCGCUCACCGGAACCCUCAAACCCGGCACCAAGGCUUGUUAGAGUGACAGUCACUGACCAUGACGCCACAGACUCCUCCAGUGACGAAGAGGGAGAGUUGUUUGGCCGGCAAAGAGUGAAAAGAUAUGUGAACGAGAUCAACAUCCAACCUGCAGCUUUCUGCAAAGAAACCAAUGUCAUUGCUGCUACUAUUACCAAAAACCGGAAAAGAAGUGUUGGUGAUAUCCCUCAAAAGCCAGCGAAAAGAUUUACUCCGCAAUCAACCACCAAUGGCAGAAAGUUCCGUGGCGUUCGGCAAAGGCCCUGGGGUAAAUGGGCUGCAGAGAUCAGAGAUCCUGCUAGACGUGUGCGGUUAUGGCUAGGGACUUACGACACCGCUGAGGAGGCUGCAAGAGUGUAUGAUAAUGCUGCCAUCAAGCUUCGAGGGCCAGAUGCUUUAACAAAUUUCAUCACACCGCCUAGUAGGGAGGAGGAUCAAGAAGAAGAGAAAAGUAGUCCAGUGGAGGAAUCAGAAGAAAAGAAGCCAGAGAUUAACGUGGAAACGGUUUCUGGCUCCGGCUAUGAAUCUGCUGACGAGUCUCACAGUCUGUCAUCUCCAAAAUCUGUGCUCACUUUCAGACUACCUUCGGCUGAAUCACACAAACCACCGUCUCAACCUUUCCAAGAAGCUAAAAUGGAGCCAAAGCAUCAAGACAGUGAAGAAGCCUUCGGCGAGAGCAAUUUGUCUGAUUAUUUACCACUGGACUCGCCAUUUCUUGAUGAUUUUUUCAAUUUUGGAACAUCAGGGCCAACCCUCUUUGACGAUCAAGUUAUAGCGACGACGACGACAGCAACAUCAAUUUUCCAAGAGAGUAUUAUGUGUGAUCAAGAUUUUGGCGACAUAUUUCUUGACCCCCUUCAAGAGUUUACUUCAUUACCAUCGGUUUGCCAAGAGGAUGAUGAUUUUUUCCAUUUCUUAAACUCAGAACCUCUUACAGCACUUUGAUAGGCUCGCUGCCGUUUAAUUACUGGCCAUUUCACGGGAAAUUUUGUACCGAUGGUAACUGAGAGUUUUCGCCCAGUUUUGGAGUUAAUUAGUAAUAGUAAUAGUAUUUUAUUUAUUUGUUUAAAUACCUCCGUUAAAAUUACGGGAGGAUUUUGAGUAAAGUCUUCCAAAGAUUUUGUGCUCUAUUAAGAAAAUAAUUAGGCUGUUUUAGUGUGUAAAACUUGGACUAGUAAUGGAGAAUUACAAGUUAUUUUCUCUA